AGCUGCUAGCUGUGGAACUUUAGAUCAAACCAGAUCAAACAGCAUCGCCAUAGUGACGUGAAGCCUCCAUCACGCAUGCGUAAAGAGGUGUGCUCACAAGGGGAGUUUCGCAGGCAGGUAACGCGAGCAGCAACACACCUGUGUUUACAUUCAAAACACAAUGUCUGGAUUCGACAGUAACCCCUUUGCCGAGCCAAUUGAUGUCAAUCCUUUUCAGGAUCCAUCAGUAACUCAGGUGACCAACGCUGCAGCUGAUGGCAUCGGAGAGUAUAACCCAUUCACAGCCGGUGGUCUGCAUGAACGCACCAUACCCAUCUCUGCUGCAUCUCAACCAGCAGUUCUUCAGACAACAGUGGAGCCCAGUCCACAGGCCAGUGUAGCUGCUGGACAGGCUGGGCUCCUCCGUCAGCAAGCGGAGCUGGAAAAGAAGGCAGCAGAGCUGGAGCGUAAAGAACAACGGCUUCGUAAUCAAGAUUCAGCGCGUGGCAGAGAAAACAACUGGCCUCCAUUGCCAAGGUUUUUCCCGAUAAAACCUUGCUUCUAUCAAGAUUUCAAUGAAGAAAUUCCUGUUGAAUUUCAGAGGAUUUGCAAGAUGAUGUACUACCUUUGGAUGUAUCAUGGUGUGACACUGUUUCUCAAUAUGUUGGCAUGUCUGGCAUGCUUUACUCUAUCUCCUUCGAAUGGUGUGGACUUUGGACUUUCAAUCCUCUGGCUUAUUUUGUUCACUCCCACUGCGUUCCUCUGCUGGUACCGACCUGUAUACAAAGCCUUUCAAUCAGACAGCUCCUUCAGUUUCUUCUUUUUCUUCUUCAUUUUCUCAUUCCAAGUAAUCGUGUACAUCAUACAGAGUGUCGGGAUCCCCCACUGGGGAAACAGUGGUUGGAUCAUGGCCAUCGGGAUGCUCAAUAGUAAUAUACCAGUGGCAGUGUUUAUGAUGGUGGUAGCUUGUUUCUUCAGUGUCAACGCUGCGCUGUCAGUCGUCCUACUGAAAAUGGUUCAUUCCAAGUACAGGCGGACAGGUGCAAGCUUCCAGAAAGCUCAGGAGGAGUUUUCACAGGGGGUCGUUUCUAACCGAACCUUGCAGACUACAGUGGCCUCGGCGGCAUCUUCAGCUGCACAGGGAGCCUUCCAUUAACACCCACAUACACUGAUCAUUAAAGACUGUGUCUCAUUACAACAUGAUACUUCAAUACUUCCAGAAAACUCUGGUGCAAUACAUUCAUUUGGUACUGAAAAUAUGGGAUGGUAAAGUAGUUUUACCUGGCUGUGGAUUGGUGAGAAAAUGGGUUGUCUAUCCGGAUAUAGGCUGUCCUUUCCUCCUGUAUUCCUUUUCAUUUAAUGAAGGCAAAAAUAUUGGUGGUUUUAUGUACAAGUUAUAUUCAAUUAAAGUGUUUCAAAGGCACCGUCUCUGAUGUUGGUCAAAUUAGAUUUUACAUUGAAAUUAAUGUCUUAUAGUUGAGUUAAUGUUGAGUCGGUAUGUUUAAUUGUACACCCCUUUGCUAUACUUUUUGUAUUUACAAACCUUUUAGUGAAGUUUGUGAAUGCAGUGUUACAUAUUGUUUAUCGUUUAAAUGAUUUUACACUGAGUCUUUAAAUCCCAGCUCAAUUUAGCUGUAUGUCGGCAUACAGUUAAAUAGUAAGUGUUCGAAGCAAGAAGCUUUCUUUUAGCUUUUGAGAUCAAUAUUGGGGAUGUUGGUGGUCCUGCUUCAGUAGUUGUGAACUGUAUUUAUAAUGAAUAGUACUGUUGUGAUAAUGUGCUCAUCUGUUCGUUACUUUUACUGUUCUUAAACUGAUAUAAUUGUUUUGCAGUGUUCUCAACUAUGAACAAAAAUAUUUGUUUUUAAAUUAAGGAUAUCUUAUGUUACUGUGGUUGACUUGGGUGGGCUGCUAAUCUGUUUGAAUGUUUAAUUAAAUGUGUUAUGUUUAUGUGGUUCAUUGCUGCCUUUGUAUGUACAACUUUUAAAAUGAUUAUGCACGUAAAGCAUAUAAGGUUUUUUUUUUAUUAUUAUUAUUAUUAUUAGCUAAAUAUUGCACCGAGAGAUGACGAGACAAACAUGUAUUCAAACCAUAUCCAUGCUCUAGAGAAACUAGCGCGUAGCCAUCUUGACAAUUUUGUCUCAGAACUUCCUGUCUAGCGGUUCUAUAAAUCUAUGGUGUUGAUGUGAAAGUGCAAUUAGCUAACGAAGUGAAUUUACAGGUUAUAGAUUUGUCAAAAGCUAUCAUGAGUAUUUUAAAGUGUUCAGGGAAUAUCAUAACAGAAAGCAGAGCAGAUAGAUUUUAAAACCAGAGUACUUGGGGCGGCUGUGGCUCAGUUGGUAGAGCGGGUCGGCUACUAAUUGCAGGAUUGGUGGUUCGAAUCCCGGCCCACAUGACUCCACAUGCUGAAGUGUCCUUGGGCAAGACACUGAACCCCAAGUUGCUCCCAAUGGCUUGCUAGCACCUUGCAUUGGUGUAUGAAUGUGAAUGGGUGAAUGCGUCACAUUGUAAAGCACUUUGAAUACCGUUAAGGUUAAAAAGGUGCUAUAUAAGUACAGACCAUUUACCCUUUACUUCAUUCUUAAAUACACAAGUUCUUACCUUCACACUGUGGAUGUACUGAUAUGCUUCUGUGCUCAUGAAACUCCAAGAGACAACACUAAGACUGUGGCUGAGAUCAGAAUUGCAUACUACCAUUCUACUCAUACUAUUUCUGCCAUAGACACAUUACAUUCUCGUGGACUCGUUCUACAUCAUCAUCCACUGCCGAAGUUCGAUUCCAGUCCUCAAGAACGCAAGUACCGAGAACGCAGGAUAUCACCCGGAUGUGUCCUUGAAAUCGAGGUUGCAUUGGAUGGUGACUUGUGGCAAAGCCUUUGGGUGCGUCUCAAUGUGUUCCCUAGUUCAGAAGUACGAGCACUGAUCAGUGAGUCGACCAUUUUUAGGGCUGUCUUAUUCGCAAAAUUGUUCGAGUGCACUGAUACGUUCGCUCCCUAAAGAAUCCCACAAUGCAUCGUUAAAACUAGGGAGCAUACUUGCUCACUUUGUUUCCUUACCGGAAACGUUGUCAUGUCUUCUGAUUAUUGUUCACACACAUUAAGUUUCUGCAGGUGACAUUAGAUAAUAUCCAUUGCACCUUGAGUUUAACAACUUGUAUUUUAGGUUAUUUCGGCCACAAUGAGGGUGAAUGUUCACAAGCCAUAGACCAGCAGUGGCUCAGCACAGUCACUGUUUCCGACUGUUUUACACAUGUAAUUAUUUUGAUCCAUUUUGCAAGAUAAAGUAUAGCUCUUUGAUAUUAUAAGUUAAUAUAAUAUGACAAUGUAUAAUACUCCAGCUCCACAGCAAAUGCUGGAUUGAAUGAUCCUAUAUUUCUUAACAUACAGCCGUGGCCAAAAGUAUUGCUGCUUCAGUAUUUGUAGAUUUCACAUGUUUCUAUGGUAUACUGGAAAACAAUGAUAAGCAUUUCAUGAGUUUUAAAGGCUUUUAUUGGCAAAAACAUUCAAUAUAUGCAAAGAGUCAAUAUUUACAGUGUUGACCCUUGUUCUGCAUAACCACUGCAAUUCGCUCUGGCAUGCUGGAUAUCAGCUUCUGAGCCAAAUCCUGACUGAUGGAGAUCCAUUCUUGCCUUAUUAGUGCUCAGAGUUGAUCACAAUUUGUGGGCAUCUGUUUGUCCACUCACAUUUGAAGACUGACCACAAGGAUUAAGAUCAGGGGAGUUGCCUGGCCACGGAUCCAAAAUGUCAAUCUAAUGAUCUUUGAGCCACUUCAGUAUCACUCUUGCCUUGUGACGUGGUGCUCCAUAAUGCUGGAAAAUGCACGGAUCAUCACCAAAUUGCUCCUGGAUCGUUGGGAGAAGUUGCUCUUGCAGGACGUUUUGAUACCAUUCUUUAUUCAUGGCCGUGUUUUUGGGCAGAAUUGUGAGAGAGCCCACUCCCUAGGAUGGUCUCAGGAUGCUUCGCUGUUGGCACGACACGGGAUUCAUGGUAGCAUUCACCUUUUCUUCUCCAGACUAUCGAUUUUCCAGAUGUCCCAAAAAAUCGGAAGGGGGCUUCAUCAGAGAAAAUAAUUUUGCACCAGUCUUCUACUGUCCAAUCCUUGUACUUCCUGCAGAAUUUCAGUCUGUCCUUGAUGUUUUUGUUGGAGAGAAGUGGCUUCUUUGCUGCCCUUCUAGACACCAGGCCAUUAUGCAAAGGUCUUCGCCUCACUGUGCGUGCAAAUGCGCUCACAACAACCCGCUGCCAAUAUUGAGCUCAGCACUGGUGGUGACACGCUUCCAUAGCGGACUCCUCAGGAGGAGACGGUCCUGGUGCUUGCUGGACACUCUGGGACGUCCUGAAGCCUUCUUCACUGCAGUUGAACUUCUCUCCUUGAAGUUCUUGAUGUUCCGGUAAAUGGUUCUUUCAGGUGAAAUAUUCUUUGCAGCAAUUUCCUUGCAUGUGAGGCCAUUUUGAUGCAAAUUGAUGAUGGCUGCACGUCUUUCUUUAGAUGUAACCAUUGCUAACAAGAACACAAUGAUUGGAAGCACAUCUUCCCUCCUUUUAUAGCAUCAGUUGGCUCUUAUAAUCCAAUCAGAUGGAGUGAUUUCACCUGACUAGUACUCGUUCACACUUUCCCAGGUGCUGCUGAUAUGAUUAAUUAAAUUAUGUUAGCUGGUCAUUUUGUGCCAGCGCCAAAAAACUGUGAAAUUUGGGUUUUUGUGAUAAAGUUGAUUUUUUUUUUUGGGGCCAAUUAAGCUUUUGGCAAUUAUUUAAAAUGCAUCUGAUCACUCUGCACAAUAAUCUAGAAAAAAUGUGAAUCCACACCAACGUCAACUGAAGCAGAAAACUUUAUGAAACACAAAAUUGAUGUCACUGCCAAUACGUUUGGCCACGGCUGUAGUGACUUACAAUAGUCUAAUAGAGGUUAAUAUUAGUUUAUUGUAUUCUAUUUAUGCAGUAUAAUAAUGUUAACAAAUGAUCUUAUUGUAAAGUGUUACCAACUGUGUCAUUGCUUUUAUGAGUAGUGUGGUGUGAUA